AUGGUCUCCUUUGAUAGGUUUGAGGACCUGAUCAAGGGCUCAGUUCCCGAGAAAUUCGUCUUCGUUGAUCUUACGGACCCUGGAGCCAUGAAUCAGCAAAGUCAACCUCAGAACAAUAUCAACGAGUCUGCCCAACAGCAGGGAAAUAGCCUUCUUUAUAAGGAAAAUGAAAUGGGCCAUCCGUAUAUGCCUCAGCAGUGCUAUGGCCAGCAUCAAAAUCCCGCUAAUCAAACAAGAGAUAUGAACGGACUCUCUCAGGCCUUUGCUAGCCUGAACAUUCACGGUCAACGUUCAAAUUAUGGUCCAGCCAAGGGCAGCACCCCGGUUACCUCCGGUGCAAAUGGUGAUAUGUCAGGAAUCCAUCGUCCCCAGCAUGGGCCAUUUGUUGUUGUCUCAAACCCGCCAGUGUUUCGGGGCACUAUUCCCCCCGUCCAUCAUUAUGGGCAAAUCCCGACUGACCAAGCAGGCCCCUUCCAAUAUGUGCCUGCUAGCGUUUAUCCUGGCUUUGUCACCAAUGGCCCUUAUCCACCUACCUUCUACCCUGGGUACUCUUGGCCAGAUGCCCUGAAUUCUGAGCAUGACCAUACCAAAGCCCCCAGAGACUGGUCCCCUGACGAGAAGAUUCCCACAAAUGGUAUUAUUGAUGGAAUUGGGCAGCCUGGGCAGACGGAGUAUUAUCCUGUCAUGGCUUCUGUUCACCGCUCACCAGUUGGCGCUCCAAUGUAUACCGCCGCUCCCCAAACUCCCGGAGCUUGUUUGUCUUACCAGAUGAUGAGAGCUGCAGGGGGUUAUGUUCUUCAAGAUCUCGACGCGUUGGUGAAGCAGGAGCCUCCCAUUCCACAAGCCGUGCCUGCCAUGUGGACCAACCCAUCAGAACUCACUCUUGCAAAGUGCUUGGAAAAUCGCGAGGGGAUCACCAACGUAUAUAUUCGUGGCUUUCUUCCGGAAACUACAGACGAAAUGCUAUAUGCAUAUGCUUCGCGAUUUGGGAAAAUUGAUCGAUGCAAGGCGAUCGUUGACCUUGACACCGGUCUAUGCAAGGGAAAUCUUUUUAACUCUCGCCUCAAAGACUUGGAGGAUAAAGCGUCUACCAACAUUUACUGCACCAAUGUUCCAAUUGAAUGGGUGGAAGCUGUGAGCCAUCCCUCGUGUAUACAUUUGCCGGAAGCAAUACCAUUCGAGCCGCCUAAGGCUCCUCGCAGUGACCUUCGUCGACAUUUUGAACCGUAUCGUGUAAUAUCCGAGAAAAUUAGCCGUGACGAAAAUACUGGUAUCAGUAAGGAGGUUGGUUUCGCAAGGUUUGAAACUCGCGAGAUUGCGGAAAAGGUUCUGAUGGCUUUCCAUAAUGUUAAUGCCAAAGGAUGGUGUGAAGCUCAUGCUUCGUUUUGCGGACACAAAGGCACAAAAGCAACUGAAACAUCAAAGCAACGAGCGUCGAGCUUAUCGAGCGGGUGA